CCCUAACAACUAACUUUUUUUUCCUUUGUAAAAUCCUGUUUGCAUAUUGCUGCCUUUUGUUUCCUGCUCUUGUCUUUCUGCUUCGAUUUUUUUUUAAAAAACUAAUUAGGUGAAAUCUCAUCUAGAUUAGCCAAAAUAGAAAAACCCUGAUUGCAUUUAAUUUUAAUGUAAAAAGCAGUUUAUUUUGAUUGGUAACGUCCAUUGGCUUUAGUAGCGAUUUAAAUGGCAGAGCAUCUAAAGUGAUCAUCAAAUCUUAGGGAGCAUUUGCAAUAAUGUUAGUUGCAAUUCGUGGUACAAAUUUGUUCAGACUCAUAAAGAUCUGUUCCAUCCUGAAGGACCUAACUGAAUCUUUUCGGAAAUCUUACCCUUCUUCCAAUCCACGUUUCAGAACUUUAUCACUACAGAAUAGUUUGUAUUCCUCAGAAGACAGUAAAGAAUCAGAAAAUUGCAAUGAUCCCGACUAUGAUAUUGUAGAUGAAAACAGAAUGUUAUUACGUUGUCUAUAUAUACCCUGUAGAACCGAAUUUGUGUGGUAUUCACAUAGUCACAGAUUCGAUUCUAGGGGAAUAUAUGGUCGAUGCAAAAACUUCACCUUUCUGCAAAUGGUUAGAAGUUAAAAAUUUGAAGGUAUCAAAAGACAUGUGCGUGCUGAAUAUUGGGGAAUUCUAAAAGUUUUUCUGCCUCUACCAUAUUUACUGCACAUCAGAACAAUUCUUAACGUUUAUUUUGUUGUUCAAUCGGAAAUCUCACUUGUAAUCUGUUCAUUUAAACAUGAUCAGUACAAUUUCUUUUUGAAAAAUGUGCCAACUAACUAAUGACUUUUUAAAAAGAUAACUUUUGCACGUAAAGAGUUAGCUAGAUAUGCCAGAUGAUAGCAAAAUUUUCCUAUCAAGUGCCCAGAUCUCAUCAAAAUAUUUAGGACAAUAGCAAAAGCAGCAUUCGAGUCACUGGAAUGUAUUUACUUGUACUCCAAGAAUGCUGUUGAUGGAUUAACACUGCAUUUAUCUAAUUACAUCUGUGAUUAUUUUUUCACAUAAUAGUUAAAUGCCAUCUCCAAUGCAAUUGAUUGCACUUCAGUAGUUAAAAAUGAAGGUUUCCUGGUUAUAUGCUUUAUUAUAUGCAGAUACAUAGCGAGAGAGAGACUCGCAAAGUGAACCAGAAGUUACUGAUUGCCUAAUUUUAUUCAGCAGAACUAGAUUCUGGUAACUUUUGGAUGACCUCUGCAAGACAAAGACAGGACAGAGCUAUUGUACAUCAUAUUAGCUUCUUCUUUGAUGUCUUUUCUUUUUCUCCUCUCCUUAUCAAUAUUCUGCCUCUGAAUCCUAUUCCAGCCUCUGGCUCUUCCUUCCUUGCGAUAUUUUAUUUAACAAAUAUAACCCAUGAUAGAAAUUAUUGCUGGUGAAUUAGACGAAAGGGCAUCAGAGGUUAGAAAAGUCAGUUCAGACAAAAGGCUUGAUUUACCUGAGGGUCAGAGAGGCUGUCAUCGUUUGAUGAAUAUUCUUUAUACAUUAAUAUCUGUUUUUGAAGAUAAAAUGUAUCGAAUUCGGGUCACUUGAUUACACAUAUAUUAUUUAGUUAAAUUUGUGGAAAUUAUGAGAUGCACACAAAUCCGGUGAUAAACUCGCUGCCUUCCUAUUGGCUGAGCCAGUCACAUGGACGCCUAACUUUAUUCAGUUGACAGCAAGUAGGAGGGCUCUAUGGAGGGAGAAAAAAAGACAACACGAGAAAAAUUAGUAUUUUCUACCUUCAGAAAUUAAUGGCCAUGAGUUCGUAUAUGGUGAACUCUAAGUAUGUGGAUCCCAAAUUUCCUCCUUGCGAGGAAUAUUUACAGAAUAGCUACCUAGCCGAGCAGGGCUCAGACUAUUACAGUGCAUCGCAGGGCUCGGAUUUUCAGCAUCAGGGAAUCUAUCCACGGUCAAACUACAGCGAGCAGCCCUUUAGCUGUAGCAAUGCCCAAGGCUCUGCAGUGCAGCCGCGGGGUCAUGGACAGGAGCAAUCCGGCCCACCGAGCCACUUCCCCGGUCAAGCAGAGCAUUGUCCACCGCCUCCAAUGGCCAACUCCCGAGCCUGCAGCCAGCAGCAAAACCUCAAAACCCCCAACGGGUCAGCAAUUAAGCAGCCAGCAGUAGUUUAUCCCUGGAUGAAGAAAGUCCAUGUUAACUCGGUGAAUCCCAAUUACAACGGAGGGGAACCUAAGCGCUCCAGAACAGCCUACACAAGGCAGCAAGUCCUAGAACUGGAAAAAGAAUUUCAUUUUAACAGGUAUCUGACUAGGCGCCGCCGUAUUGAGAUAGCCCACACUUUGUGUCUCUCUGAACGCCAGAUCAAGAUCUGGUUUCAGAACAGAAGAAUGAAGUGGAAAAAAGAUCACAAACUGCCCAACACUAAGGGCAGGUCUUCUUCAGCUGGUUCAAACCAACAUUUACAGACUGUUCCCAAGGACCAUCAGACUGACUUGACAACUUUAUAGAAGAGGUGAAAUUUUCCAUUUCAUCCUUAGAAUCUGAACAGUCCUGUACAUAACUGACAUUACCCCAGCAGAACCUGCAUGUAGCAGCUAAAGACUCCAGACUGUCAUCCUGCUUUAAGGUACUGUUGUACAAGGGAGGCGAAAUGACCUUACGCUGGACUUUAUUUGAAUUACCUAUAUUAGCACAACCUAAAAACUCUUCAGACAGGUAGUGGAAAGUGUGAGGACAGUAAGCGAGAUCCUCUGUCCAUAAAAAGUAAUAAAUCUUGAAAAUGAAAGUGUCCUGUGUUCAGUUUUGAAUUUGAAAAUGAAGGUUUGAUGCUUUAUUCGGCUCUCUUUUGUUCGGGUUGUCUUUCCCUCCCAUGCAUUUCGAGAUGAGGCAUCUGGGCAAGUUCAGGACAGAAAUCUCUGACUAAUCUUUUAUUUCAACUCUGAAGAGUAGUAUUUGUGAACUUUUUUUGUGCUGCUUUACAUUUCUUGGUGUAAUGAAAAUUCUUGCUCAUUUCCAUAACAUCUCAGAACAAGGGCAUAAGAAUGGAGUGAAAACGGGUUAUUUUAUGUUUUCUGUUUGUAUUUGCCUAUUUAUUUAUUUACGAAUUAGAAGAAUAAAGAUAGGAAGCAAAGGAAAAUAAUCAAACCAAAAAGAGGAGAAAGCCAGGGUUUCUCCUCCCAAGUCCCAUGAACAUACAUAUAAUGCUCAGUUAUCUUGAUCAGACAGAACUUUUCGCCUCUUUUUCUGGUUUCCUUCCUUCUCUGUAAAUACGAAAUCGUUUCCUACCCUAAAAAAAAGUCACAUUCUGUAAAAGGUAUUUUACGUGUUUGCUUUAUUCGGCUCUCUCCUUUAAUCAGCCUUUGGUAACAAAAAAGAAUAACAAGAAGAAUAAAAACUAAAAAAAGUAUUCUCAGAGUGUAGAUCAAAGCGUCCGAGGGGUGUCAUCUAAGCCAUUCUGCUUUCCAAAUAGGUGGCAUUUUUUUUGUUUUAUAUCUAUAAUGAGAGUCCCAUUUUAAAGAGAGGUGGCGUACACUUCGUUGAGAAGAUGGUAACUGUUUUGAAGCAAUCAAACUUGAAUUAGGCAUCACUAGAAGUUAGUAUUAAGGGAAAACGAACCAUUGUAAUAAAAGCUGAGCAGGUCCAUUGGGCUUUGAUUUGGACGUGGAGGCCAUGUAAAAGUUUGAAUGGAAACGGCCUUCUUUGUAUCUCGGCUAAAAUGCUCACAAGCUGGGCUAAAUCAGCUGCCCUCCUCGGAUAAACCUUGGCUUGGAGGGAUUUACAGAUCAGCCCUGAACUCUUAAGGAAAGGGAAUAGCCUGUGUCUAGAUAUUUUAAGUAGACACUGCCUUCCUCCUAUCAAAGAAAAUCCGAAAUCACAAUGACUGAGAUCUUAAAAGUGCAAGUAUCUAGUCAAAUUGGCUUCCGUUGGCAGCACUUUGGCACCUGAACUUUUUACUCGAAACAACACGAGGGGAAAUGGAUUUUAGUAGGUUGGAAAUAAAAAAACCCAGGGGCUUCCGAAUGAAUGUAAUUGGCAAAAUGAACUGUGCUCAACGAUGAUUUUCUGCCCUUUCCUCGUCCCUAACUCUGUAAAGUGUCUUCCAAGACUUGAUCUUUUGUUUUAGAUCCUGGAGACAACUCUUUGUUCUUCCUAAGGGUUAGCCUGGUUCUCAGACCUGCACAUGGCAAUACUUGAAUAUCUCCACGUCGUGAUAUUAAAGAUGGAUAUUCCUGCAUUAUUCGCAUCAUUGUUUCUAUGACAAAAAGCCCCGAGUUCAUACAUAGUAAAGACGUCUUUUUCUCUGACGCCUUCACGUUGAGAAGCUGAAAAGGUAUUUUACUGAAGUUCGGCUAAAUUGCAGAAACAGGUUCAUCCAGAGGACAAAUUUUCUAUUCGAUUAGCUGUAUUUCAGCCGGGCAGAGUGACCUCUAAACCCUUAACCUCUUGGACCCGCACUCCUCUUCCUUUUCUCUAGCAUGGAGAGCAGCUAGAAGGCAGCCUUUGGGAAGGGCAUUCCUCAGACAAGUUGCAAAGUUGCUGUACCUAACUGUUUGGGUAUCGGCCUUAAAUCUCCCCAGUUGUCAAAAGUCAUGUAUUUUCUGUCAGCAGUGAUCUGAGAGGGGUGGGAGGAAGGCACUCUGGUGAGCCUGAUUUAAAGUAAGCCUCGCCAUUGUUUACCUAAAGUCUGUGCUGAGCUAAUUGUGAACCAUGCAAACGUGUUAUUUUGGGGGGAAAGCCAACGUGUUGGGCUUUGUUCAGUGUGGUUUUCUCGGCAGCCACUGAAUCAAAGGGGCUGUGUGGUUACGACUGCGCGCCAGGGAGAAGGCCACACUCUGCUCCCAGGCACAGCACCCUACUGCAGCCAGCUGAAGGGACUGAAGGCAAACCAGGGUCCAUGUGCGAGCAAAAUUUGGCCCAUUGUCUUUUGAAAUGUUAAUACCGUCUGGGAGAGUGUUUGGUUCAGACAGCGGGUAAAACCCUGUUUGCAAGUCCCUCUGAGCAGGGCUGGGGCUGAUGUGAGUUUGCCUGAUUCCAGUUACAUCAGUAGGCUCUGAAAAGCCGCAAAACUCCCCAACUAAAUAGUUCACAUCUGCCACCCUUCUGAAGCUUCAGGAUGUGAAUGCCUGGGUAAUAAGAAAUAAACACGCCAAUUUGCUAUUCUCUCUCAUUUGUCCCCAUUUAAUAUGAGCCCGAAGUAUUCUGAACUCUCAGGAGAGGUUAUUUCAUGUAGCUGAAGAAAGAAAGAUGUUGUUUUUUUUGUUUACCAUGGAUAAAAUGUUGUGUAUUGCAGCCUUUUGUUAUAAGAUCGCAUUGUCCAACAAUACUAUGAUAUCUGUUAACGUGUGAUGCUUUUUAUAGACUUUACCAAUGUUUUUGCUGCCACUGAUUAAAGUAUUAUUUAUACUAA